CUUGCAGCCAUCAUGAAAGACUUGGUGUUCGUUGACCUGUAAUGAGAAUCAGCUCUGUUCUCCAAUGAGCAGGGCCCAUGGUAUUAAUUGUUUAGAUCAUGAAACAAUUAGCAGAAGAAGAAAAGUCUUAGCCAAGUCAACCCUUGAUCCCUAUCAAUAUUCACUCCACUUGGAUCCACCAAGAAAGACUUGAUGCUCAUCACCUAGAAACUUUCAAUUGUGAUUGGGUCGAGCUUGGAAGUGAAGGUAUGGAGAUGGAAAGCAACCUUAUCAUGAAGAAUCAGAAGCUUGAAGCCUUGGGUAUUCUCAGAAAAGCUCUUAUAAUCUCUGCAAGAAACACCAACUUCUUUAUCUUCACCAUUCUCACCUCCCUUCCUCUGUUCUGUUUCUUGGUUUACUAUGAAUCUUCUCUCCAAAAAUCCCUGGUUGAUAUCUCAAAAAUUCGAAAUCCACUCUACAGCAAUGUCCAUGGUUACAGGGCUUACUUCAACUUGAGUUGGUCAAUACCAUUAGACAUAGCCACAAAAUUGAACAAAGAGUUUCCUUAUCAGUUGACUCAUCUUGGUCUUUUCUAUCUGGUGCCUCUCCAUCUCCUAAAUCUCAGCAUUGUGAUUGUGAUUGUCCAUUUGGCAUCAAAGAUAUACGCGGAAGAGAUACCGACGACGAUGACUUUCAAAGAGAUGGUACAUAGACCCUUUGGCAAAACAAGACUGAAGGGCAUAUUUGUUACAUAUGUCUAUUUUCUUUUCUUGUCAACUUGUAUUCUUCUAGGAUUGGCAUGGUUAGGAAUAAUAUACUAUGCUGUCUUCAGGGACUUCAGCUUCAUGGAUGAUCAUGCUUCCUAUGCUGUUCUUUGUCCAUCUUUUGUAGCACUGCUAGUAAUGUAUUUGGCAUGGAGUUCUGUAUGGAAUGUGAGUGUUGUGAUUUCAAUACUGGAGGGGACACGUGGAAUCAAGGCAUUUGGUCAAGCAAUAUAUCUCACCAAUGGUUGUGAGUGGAGAGGGUUUAUUUUGAUGCUUAUUUUCUGUGCUUGGGAAGUAGGUUUAAGGUUGCCAUGCCUCUACAUUGGCGGCUAUGAAAGAGGGAAUUAUAUUGGUCUUGUUGCACAGGUUAGCUUGUUCUGCUUUGGGAAUGUGCUGAAGUGGAUUGCCUGCAUGAUAUAUUUCUACGAUUGCAAGAACCGGUCUUUAGAGAAGAAAUGGAUUAUGAAGGGUAAGAAGAGAGUUGAAAGCUGUGGAUGAAUAAGCACUUCAGGCAAGUAGAUGGAUGAGAUCUUGUUGAAAAGAAGCUCCAGAUGAGCACUAAUAGGAACUGCAACUAAGUUUGAUUUGGAUCAUUCUGCAUUAUGUUGAUUUAAGUCUUUUAGCUCAAUUUGCAAAGUUCUUUAGCUUUUCUUUUGAUUAAUCAUGUCUCACUUUACUUGGCAAUGUUUCAAACAUGUUUAGUGUAAUCGUGAACAUUAAUUAUAUCUGCUAUUUUCUUGCA